GCGCGGGGCAUUGUGGGCGGCCGUCGUCGGUUCCAACAUGGCGGCGGGGCCGUAGCGGGCUGAAGGGUUGCCUUGAGGAGGGGGAGAGCGAGCGCGGGAUCGCCGCCCCUCGUCAUGUUGGCGCGGCUGCUGCUGCUGCGGCCGGGGCUGGGCGGAGGGCGAGGCUGCUGCUGCGGCCCUUUGCCCCGGGCGGCCAGGAACCGGCCCCCGCAGGCCUUGCUCGUUGCCAGGUCCUCGGGCAGCCAUGCCAGGCUCUCCUGCUUGCUCCGGGCUCCCAGCCACCUGGCCAAGUUCUCCCCGGCGGUGCUGCUGCUCCUGCCCCGCUGCAGCCUCCUCCCACUGGGCCGGGUUGCCGCCCUGUUGGCAGGCCCGGCGUUGGUGGGACUGGGGACCGGCUUCUGCCGCCAAGUCUUCUGCCAGGAGGCCCGGAAGGUUGAGGUGGUCUGCAUCCCCCCGCCCGAGGAGAAGGAGCCCGACUUCGACUGGGCCCUGUUCUGGAAGUUCCUGCGUCCACAGAUGCUGGCGCUGGCAGCGGCAGUCCUGUUUGCACUGGGAGCCGCACUCCUCAACGUUCAGAUCCCGUUGCUCCUGGGCAAGAUGGUGAACGUGGUGGCGCAGCAUAUGCGUGUGGGGGACUACCUGCGUGUGGUGCGUGAACCUGCCAUGCGCCUCUUGGGCAUCUAUGGCCUCCAGGGGUUGAUGACCUUUGGAUACAUCCUGCUGCUCUCGUGGAUUGGGGAGAAAGUGGCUAACCAUAUGCGCAAGGAGCUUUUUGCCUCCUUUCUCAGGCAGGAAGUGGCCUUCUUUGACGCAAACCAGACGGGGCAGCUGGUGAAUCGCCUGACAGCAGACAUCCAGGAAUUCAAGUCCUCCUUCAAGCUGGUCAUCUCUCAGGGCCUACGCAGCCUCACCCAGACAGUGGGCUGCUUUGUGUCUCUCUACAUGAUCUCGCCCAAGUUGACAGGGCUGCUGGUGGUGGUGAUGCCAUUCCUGGUGGGAAUCGGGGCCUUCAUCGGCACCUCCCUGCGCAAGCUUUCACGCAAAGCCCAAGAACAAGUGGCCAAGGCCACGGCCGUGGCAGAAGAGGCUCUGGGCAACGUCCGGACAGUGCGGGCCUUUGCCAUGGAAACCAAAGAGAUCCAACAAUAUUCAGCUGAGGUUGAUCACUCCAGCCACCUCAACAUGAGCCUGGGGGUGGGCAUUGCCGUCUUCCAGGGGCUCUCCAACGUGGCCCUGAACUGUAUUGUGCUGGGCACCAUUUUUGUCGGUGGCUCCCUCAUGGCUGGGUCAGAGAUGACACCGGGAGACCUCAUGUCCUUCUUGGUUUCCUCACAGACCGUGCAAAGGUCUUUGGCCAGCAUGUCUAUCCUGUUUGGGCAGGUGCUGCGGGGCAUGAGCGCUGGGGCCCGUGUCUUUGAGUUCAUGACUCCCUCGCCAGACACCCCUGUAUGCGAGAGAGAGGAGCUUGCCUGCAGCCUGCUAAGUGGCCGCAUUGAAUUCCAGGACGUCUGCUUCAGUUACCCCACACGGCCGGGCUACCAGGUGCUGCGAGACUUCAGCCUCACCAUCCCCGCUAACAAGACGGUGGCUAUCGUGGGACAGUCUGGUGGAGGGAAGUCCACGGUGGCAGCCCUCUUGGAGCGGUUCUACGAGCCCACGAAGGGGGCGAUAUUCCUGGACGGGCGCGAUAUCUGCACUCUGGACUCCACUUGGCUCCGUGGGGAGAUACUUGGCUUCAUUAACCAGGAACCGGUGCUGUUCAGCACAACCAUCAUGGAGAACAUCCGCUUCGGCAAGCCCUGUGCCUCCGAUGCUGAGAUCUACGCUGCUGCUCGCCUGGCCAAUGCUGAUGAGUUUAUCCGCAGCUUUCCCGAUGGCUACAACACCGUCGUGGGUGAACGUGGAGUGACCUUGUCUGGAGGACAGAAGCAACGGGUGGCCAUCGCCCGGGCCCUCAUCAAGAAUCCCAAGGUGCUGAUCUUGGACGAGGCCACGAGUGCGCUGGACGCCGAGUCUGAGCACGUGGUGCAAGAAGCAUUGGACCGGGCGGUGGCUGGCCGCACUGUGCUGGUCAUUGCCCACCGCCUCAGCACCGUGAAGGAUGCCAACCUCAUCGUGGUGCUGUCAAAGGGGCGUGUGGCAGAGGCUGGAACACAUGCUGAGCUGCUGCGGAAGGGUGGGAUCUACGCAGAGCUGAUCCGGCGCCAAACCAAGGACGGCGCCUGAAGUGGGGAGACCUGCCUAAUGGCCAGAGAGGAAGUGCUGCUCCCCCGGCCAUCCCCUCCUUUGAGUGGGGAGCCUCAGUCUGAAUUCGGAUGCAGCCCCGCCGGAGUUGGCUUGUAUGGGGCAGGGAACAAGACCCAGGGCCCGUUGCCCUGGUGUCUGGAGUUGCGAAGUUCUCCUGCUCAAAAUCUGCCUGAGUCCCAACAGUGAAGAGAGCUUUAUCUCAUUUUAACUUGUGUUUUUUUCAAAUACACUGUUUUGUAUUUGG